CAGUGCCGGGCAUGGCGGCGCCGCUCUCCUUGAGCUCCCCUCAGCGCCCGCCCGCCAGCGCGCAUGCGCCGCCGCCCGGGGUGGAGGAAUGCGCAUGCGGCGGUACGGCGAGGGGCGGGGCGUUGCGUGCCCGCGGCUCUCUCCGGGCGGCGGUGUUGCCAUGGCGACCGCGCCGCGCAGCGCCGCCAUGGAGGUGACGGGCAGCCGCUUCUGCGGCAGCACCGAGCGCGGCAGGAUGGAGGGAUGGGGCUCCUACACGCUGCCCACCGGCACCGAGUACCUCGGCGAGCUGCGGGACGGCGCGUUCCACGGGCGGGGCGCGCUGCUGUUCCCCGGCGGCGGCACGUUCCGGGCGGUGUGGCACCGCGGGGUGCCCGCGGAGGGGAAGUUCACUUUUGCAGACGGCCUCGAAUACGCGGCUGAAAGGUGGGAUUACUGCGACGGCUACGACAGGAGGUUCUACACCGAGAUCUGCUCGGGGCUCAGACCCGCAGGCAUUUCUCAGCUCACCAAUCUGGAUCCUCCCCGAAAAAUCCCAGAAGGAUGUUAUGACUGCGGUGAUGGGUUCUAUAAUCCUAACACCAGAACUGUCACUGACUACGAGCUGAGGUUCCUGAGAAAUGCAGGUUAAAUCAGUAUGAGAACGGUGUGUAGGGUGGUAGCUUUCUGCACUGCAGUCAGUGUUACCUGAAAUAUGUGCAUCUCUUCGUAUGAGAUCAAGAACAGGAAGACACAAAGCCUGCCUUUAUGCUAUAAUUCAGCCAGGUAACUGCAUUCACAUGCAUGUUACUAAGAGCAGGAUUAGGCCCAGAAAGCCAAGGCAAGUGCCCAUUAAGAGAAGAGGUUUCGGUGCUGCUGCAGUCCCAAGCCAGCCAGCAAUCAGCCUAGGAUUUCUACAGGCCUGAAAGUCUCAUAGAAAGCAGCAGGAAAAGACCUGCUGCUUAAGGAGUCAUUAGAGGCUGAAAAGAUCAAGACUCAAGGAUAUUAUUUUAUUCUAGUUUUAACAAGGCUGGUUUUAGACCAUCCAGUUUUCCUUGGUUUUGAGGCUGACCCAACUCCAUAGGCAAGUUUGAGAACACCUUUUAAUUCUAAGCCUUAGUAAUCAUGGACUUAGAGUUACCUCACACCAUUAAUGUGGGAUGAAGGUUCUCAAGCUUGGUCUGAAAGGACUUAAAAGCAAUUUUUUUUGAAAGUCAGCAAAGAUGGUUCAUCCAUAUGAGGCUUAUCCAAGUAUGUAAAUCCAUGAGAUAGAUCUGCUACUCAUAGGCUUCUUCGACUGAAAUCUCUGAUGCAACUUGCACCAAGUGCUGCCUGAGAAAUGGAGACUUGUGUGAAAAACGUGAAACAGCCAUAACCACUCAGUAAUUACACAGGGUAAUAUUUCUGUACCUACCCUCAUGCACCCCAAAUACACACAGAUGUGUGCGUGCUCUUUCUCAUAAACUACUGGAGAAUUGGGUGUAGGGUGAGGACCUGGCAGUUUUUCAGGCCUGGAGUAUUUCUGGAGAAAAGACAGCAAGUUUAACUUAGAGUUGACUGCGGUGCAGGGGAAAAAAGGAAAAAAGAAAAAGAAAAAAAAUAAAAAGAAGACUGCAGUUGGAGAUCAUGCACUGAUCUUUCUUCCCUGUUCUUCUUUGAAAUCACCUAUUCUGAUGAUGGAGGGAGUAGAUGAGCACUCUGGUUCCAGGCUAGUCCCCAGUCACUGCCUAAGAAUGUAGGAGCUCUUUUGGCAGAUGCCCCUAUUGCUGAGCAGAGGAAAGCCCCAGCAACACACGUACACGGGAUGCAGUAUUUUUGUUCGAAUGAAUUUAGCUUCCCAUCGAUUUAAAUGUCUACUUACAACGCAGGACCAUUUAAUCUUUUGUACAUUUGUUUCUUUUUUAUUUGACUUAAGACACUGAAUUUAGAUGAGGUUUAGUUCCUACAUAUUGAAACUCUUAAAAGCUCUUCAAAUAAUUGUUCUUUGGAUACUUGUUAAGCUAAAGAAAUCAGUUUUGAUCGGCAGUAAAAGUUCAUGCUAUUUUAAGUGCAAUGCUAUAGCUAUUUUCUGUUGUAUAUUUAAUCAUUUUGAAUUAUAUGUCAUGUAAAAGAUUUUAGCUCUGGGGCAUUUGCCAGAUGGCUGAUUCUGCAUUUCACACAACAAAAGAAAUAAUGUUUGUGUAAAGCUCUUAAAAAUAGUUGGUAAUCAGAAUAUUCUACAACGAAUAGGAUCCAGACCUGUUUGAAAAAAAAGAAAAAAGCGCACAGAAAAAACAGCUUUUGCAGAAAUUAAUUUAGAGAAUUUGGUCUCUACCUCUGAGCUCUGAACAAAACAAAUGAUGUCCAUUAUUUGCUGAUUUUUUUUUUUAACAUUUGAUAAGUUAACUGAAUUGUAAAUUUUAUGUAUUUUUAUGUUAAAUGGCAAUUAUUGCAAUCCAUUGAUCUUUUCCCUUUGCUUUGGCUGACAAACUUAUUUCUGAAAAAAGGAAUUUGUAAAAUAGAGAGCCUAUGCUGCUCUGCAUUUACAGCCGUAGAGCAUAUGAAUACGAGAAGCCCUUUGCUUUCCUUGCAACAACCAAAGCUCACAUCCUUUCUGCAUUCUCCCCUGACUACUGCUGACUCCUCUUUCUGGCCUCUUUUAUUCAAAUUCCUCCGAAAUACCUUUGCAAAAAGUAGCUUUGUCUCUCUGCCACGGAUCUCAGCUUGCUUUCCUUACCCACAACACUCCACACAAGUCCAUACAAAUUCACCUUUUGGUCUUGUCUCCCCCACCUCUGUAUACCUUUUUCCCUUACAGCUGGUCCCAGGGCAGUUUUUCUGCUCACGUUGGUAUAAAUCCUCCAUUUUCUAGUACAUACUUUCCUGGCUCAUUACUUCUGUAAUACUCAGAAGACUUGAAAAAUAUUAUGCUGAGAGGAAGGUUAGAGAUUUUGCUGCAGCUCUUUAACCUGGAUCUCCAAAUCUCUUGUCUACUUGUUCCUGCAGACCUAAGUAAUGCUCAGUGCUCAACAAGUAAGUUGUUUAGGGACCCAAACAUUAGAAGUCAGAGAUCAUUUGAAUGCCAUUGCAGAAUGCAUAUUUAUUAUGUCUUUCUCAGUAUCAAAGUCUGUUCAGGUGAUGGACGUAGUUGGAGCCCACUCAUCCAUUUAACCAAGAAAAUAUUUUUAUAUUAAACUUGGCUUAAGUGCUUAAAUACAUAUAGAUUAAAUAUAAACCAUGUUGGUUCAUACUACAACCAGCAAUGAUAAUACUAAUAGUGGCAUCAUGACACAAGUUACUACAGCAAUUUCAGUAGCUGUAGCUUUUGCAGAUAUGCCAUUCCUUGUGGUUUGCUGGUCUUAAAAUACUUAUCGUCUUGGAAACUGUGAAAGUUUCAGUUCCAAACAGUGGCAUGCCAAGAAAAACAACAUUGUUUGUGUGCUAGCCAUCCCAUUGUGAACCCAUUAGACAGGUUAUUCACAAGUCCUAUAGGCACUUACAUCCAGCUAUACUGCUCACGUGCAAACAGGUUUUACAAGAGAUGGAAAGUUCAUUUUUGGGCCAUUUUGGAAUUACAGUAAUUAAAUGUAAAUGGAAGGGUGAGAAUUUGUGGGUGGAAGCAAAGGUUAAUUGAAACCAUGUUUUCAUUUUCUUGCCAGCCUUGAUGUUGGUGAGGUCAGGCGCAGUAAGGAAAGCGGUGCUAGGGACCCAGAGGGGCAGUGGAAAUGAAAGGGGUGUGCCAGGCAGAAUCCAUGGCUGAGAUGCUAUCACACACAACUGUGAUUGUGCAGUGGAAGAACACGAUAAACUGCACUGCGGGUGACGGGAGGAGUCAGGCAUGCAAAAGAAUUAACUGAUAUUGUUGUUUACAACAGUCUAUGUGUGCUUGGCCCUCUACAAACAGAGAGGAAACUCAGCUCUAGUUCAAGGAUGGCCUAUUGUAAACAUGUGCUGUGAUAAACCCUGCUCAUGGGAAGCUGCUUGGACACCUGGCUGUGUCUCACAGCCACAGGCGUGUGCUCUGGGGUGUGUUGGAGCGUUAGCCCUUGAUGGAGGGACACCUUGGGGCACAACUGCUCUCUCCUGGCUCUUAUGUCUUCUAAUGGCAGCAAGAGCAAGCAGAGAGAGGAUGCACACUCACACCUGGUCCCACCCCUCCAAUGUGCAGAGGUGAGAACCAAGGAUCUGAAUUUUGGCACACAUCAAGCCUCUGGUGUAGACAGAGCCCUUAAGACACCAGAGCCAUGUGCAGCUGCACAGUGCAGCAUGAAGACCAAACGCAAAGGUACAAAAGGUUUUUGAGAUGGACAGUUAGCUCUUCCCCUGUGUAAGCCACCACAUUCCAAUUUCAGUGUGGUGCAUUGUUCUAUGUACCCCCAGGUGGUUUCCUGAGAAAGCUCAACUUAGAGAGCAAAUCCUGAAGCCUACAAGAUGAUGCUGCUGUUUGCUGGCAGCUACAUAUCAUGGCUUACAGAGCCUGAAGACAUCUCUCACAGCUGAAGUUUCCAUAAACAACACAGAAAAGCAAUAACUAGAAGCAAAUCAUUCUAAACUUUGCAAUACACAUUUAACAUAGGAAGGUUAAAUACACCUAAAUUACAGUGUAAUUUCAAGUCAUCCUUUAGAAGCACCCUGAAGCAAGCCCUGACUUUUCAGCUUUUUCUAAUCACGCUUCUGAGAGAAACAUGGAGUGUGUAGCUGGGGAAGUCACUCCUGCCCCUACCACACUACUUUUAGACUGAACACGGAAAAGUAGGUAAAUGGUUCAAUCACAUCCACUGACUGAGCUCACCAUGGAAUCCAUCUUACAGCAUUUUUGGCAGAAUUUACUGUCACACGGACCUUCCCCUAAAUUCACUCAAAACAAGGAAGAGACCUGUAAAGCAGUAAUUGUUAAGAAGGACGAAUACAAGAGGUGCUACUUACAGAAGCAAAGUAGGACCAACAGGCUCAGCUGGGUCUUAGUUAUGUAAAAAUGCUCCAUCACAACUGAUGCACAGGCACCGCAAUCACAGCAGAUCCCUAUGCCUUACACCCAGUCAGUGUUCCAGUGGGGACAGACACUGCUUUGGGGAUUGGUCAUGCAGGUGGCUACCAGGAUUGGCUCCAUAUGCUCUGAGUCUGCUUAAUGAAAACAGCUUGAAUUAAUUACUUAAAUUAAAAAGGAGCAGUCUCAGGUUGGGCUGGCUGAGGAUCUGGCCCACAGUAUUCAAAAUCUAUGUUGUGGGUUACAGAAAACUGAUCUUAUUUUUGAUUGAGACAUAAGGAAAUAAUUCAUGAUAUUCAGCCAGUAGUUACAUGCAUUCUAGCAGCUCAUCCAUUAACAUCUAACUUUAUCUCUCUCUGCUUCAAGAUUUCAAUUCAAUGCCAUGAUAGCAGUCAUUGUAUUUCACUAACUUCGGGGUAAAUAACUUGUUGAUGUUUACCAACUGCACAGAGAUACAGCAGAUCACUGUAACCUUUUCAGCCAAAUCUUUCUUCUUUACCUUCAAAUUUAAACAUCAGUCCUGUUUCAGCAAAGUGUGUUCCAAGUGUGCAUUCUGCUGAGGAAAAGCUAAAAAAAAAGGAUAAACUUGUACAGAUAAAUAUGCUGACAUGAAAUUCAGCACACAACAUGGAGAACCCCACACCACCUAAUUGUGCACAGGGUGAUAAUUUACCACUGAUUAAAGAGUUUGUAUUUUUUUCAGAUCUUUUUUAAAGGGAAAAUUACUUCUGAAGGUGAAGAUGUGCUUAGACAAUCAUAUUAACAUAUUCAAACAAUUGUAAUUUGCAAAAUAGUAAUUACAACUCACUAUCUGGUAGCAUUAAUCAAACUUCAAGGUUUAAUUCCAUUUUAAAUAUUGAUGAAAUGUGAUUCUCCAAUCUAACCCUGGUGUUGCAGGGUUAUGGAAGCAGCCAGUGACAGAAAAAGAGGAACGUGUAGUUAACAAGCAGCUGCCACAAAGAAGGAUCGGCAUCUGUGAUUUAAAUUGUUAGCUGCACAGUCAGGUAGAGUGUAAAAAGGGUAGUCAAGAGGCUGUUAAGUCCAUUGCUGCCAAUUACUAACAAUCAGGGAGGAGCUUUAAGACUUGUUCAGUACAAUAAACCCAGUUUGUCUUGUUUCAGGGGUUACUACUGAAGAGGUUGCAGCUGCACUGAUUCAAAUAGCCCUAAAACUACAGUAAUUAUCAACCAGUCUUCUUUAGUGUAGCAAAAGUAUGUUUUACCAUAGCUUAACUCUUUACAUUCUAAUAUUUCUCUGCCUCUUCUCCCAUAGCUGGCCCCAGAGCCAUUCUGAUGUCUGCUUUUGUGGUUCUAGCUGUGCUGGAUCAGUGCUUUCCUUUCCCCUUACCUACACCGAGGAGCUCUCUUGGGUUGGAUGGCACUGCUAGGAUUUGCUUUAGAAUAUUUUCUUUAAUAUUAAGUCAUUACACCUAUUAUUCAUUUUCAUACACAAAGUUGAAAUCCAUAGAGCUCCUUCAGUUUUUGCAGCUGAUUAUUUUAAUUUGCACGGGAUCCGAUCACUGCAUAAACAUUGUGAGGCUGGGGAGGCUGAAGGCACAGCACAGUCUGCCCGUGUAAUGAGAACAGUGCAGAAGGAAGCUAGGCAAACCACGGCUGUGCUGGAAACACAAAGCCAGGUGUAGCAUCUGCCUUUCUCAGUGCCUGUAGCCUCAAUGCUGUUACGUGACCACAACAGAUUUCUCACUAGGAAGGUGGGCUGAUUAUUUCUAGCACUCAAGUGAACCACUUACAUCAUUACCCAAAUAUGAGCUAGAUAGCGGUGAUGUGUAGCAUGUUUAAGGUUUGUUUAUUCCUUCACCAUGACAGAAAUAGACAAAGUUUCAUUUCUAUGCCAUUACCACAAGCUCAGACAAAGUAUUUUUUUUAGUCAGGGAGAUCCCAGCUAAAACCACAGCUACCCGCACUGGACAAUGUCUGUCAUAGCCUGGGCUCACGUGAUCGCCUCAUUACAGAGCUGGAACACCUAGUGCAUAGAACAAAAGCCAGCACGUUGAUUACGGCUUUGAUGUUUUUAAGAAAGCUGAAGGACCACAUUUGCAUUCCUGCUGCAGCCCGCAAUGGAAGCUCUGCCCCUGUCAGGAUUGUGUGGUCUGUGAGUGAUGUUCAGCGCUCAUCUUUUUAAUGUCCCUUUUAGCAUAUUUUCCAGGAUUUAUUUUCUCCUAAUUUAUGUCUGAAUAGGAAAUAUGCCAUUAAUAGGGUCAGUCAGGAUCAGCAGCCCUUCGUCAGAGAGCAGCCGCUGUGCAAGGAGCAGAGAGCAGGGAAACCGCUUGGGGAAACAUCCCAAGAUCCACACACCUUCCUGAGCGGGGUGGUCAGAGGAGUGCUGCCCUUCAGACAAAGGAUGAAUGCUUUGGCACAUGUUUUACUUCAGCCUGCUUUGAUCAGGAUGCCAGCAGAGCUCCCUGGGAGCAGCACCUUGUGAGACUUGCACUCAGCUCACGUGAACAGAAAGGAGAAAAAGGAGGGGGGGACAGCAUGGAAAGGGAAAAAGGGAAAAGGGGAAAGAAAGGAAAGGAGCAAAGCUGAGCAUUCAAAACCCACUAAACAGUGAGAUUUAGCUACAUGCUUGAAGACUCUUGUACACAAACCUAAUUGGUCACACACCCUUCUGUGAACGUUCACUUCUUAGAUUAGCACAGCUCACUCCUUUCACAUUUCAAAUGCUACUAUAUCACUUUAACCCAAAGGUACAAGGCCCCAGUCAGAGGUUUCCAUGAGCAUUUGACUCCUUCCAAGGAACAGGCUUCAUCCUUGGUCUGUUCUGCCCUCGCCAAGCAGGGCUCUCAGCUGUGGAGGAGGUAGGAUCCUGUGCUACACCAAGAAAUGUUCUCAGCCCCAGCACCACAGCCCCUCUGCCCCCUCCUAGGAGCCAUCUCUGCUUCUAGGUAAUAAGGGCUGCUAUAAAACCCUUAACACUGAGGUGAGAAGCACACAGCACCAUGAGAAUUUGUUAAGACAAUGGUAAAUGCAAGCAGCAGCUCUAAUGUAUUUAAUUUAUAUACAAAUAAAUACAGCUAUUGUAUUUUCCUUUUUUUUCCAAGGCUUCUUGGUCUACUGCACAGAUCUGUUUUCCCCCAAACAAACACAGAAAAUGCUGUAGAACAGUUUUUGGAGACAAGGCUGUUGAAGUCCCUGGAAUUAAGAUCCCACAGCUUACAUUUGCCAAGUUGUUUGUUCAUAAUCAUAGACAAAAUUUCUAUUCAACCUUUGCAGGACAGCCGUUUUUUUCCUACAUCGUCCUUCCACACUGUUAUGCUCUGAGAAUAUGGCAGACGUGAAUCCUAACAAGGAACACGAGGUGGUGUGAGAUAUCUCAGCACUACAUCAGUUUAGCGACACCCAGCACAACGCACAUUUCAGAAACAGCACCAUCAGAACAACUGGAAGAGAGGAACCCAGGCUCUGACUGUUGAUUUUUCUUUGCCUUCGCUUUUCAUAAACUGACAAGCAACACGGACACAAUAUUAAAAAAUGUGUAUCUUCAUUUCUGAUCUUUUCAACAUAGUUCCUGCACGUGGCCAUAAAAAAAUCAAUACAUAUUAAUACACGUGUUGUGUAAAUCUCAGCUCCACCCAAGUUACCCUUACCAAACAGCUGAGUAAUGAGAAUCAUUACCGCAGAGCCCAUAUCCGCACUGACACAUUCCAACACAACAGCACACGACCUUUUUGAGAAACAAAAAUACGUUCUGAGAGGUGCCCAUGGCUCAGAGUGGGGUUUGUUCUCAAAGGAAAAAUGGUUGGUUUGAGCAGGGCCCUGGUAAUUCAAAGAGCAGACAUGGAAUGGUGACGUUUGGCCGUCUCUUU